CUGUUUCAUUUUCAGAGGCGAGUUCGCGAGUCGGUGGUGUUUAAGAAACGACGAAUUGUUCCAAAACCAGCUAAUUCGGAGCCAUCGCCAGUGAGCGGUGUGGUAUCCGAAAAGUCAAAUCGCGACGUCACACCUGAGAUGACGACCGCAUUAGAAAAUGAGCCAGUGUCGAACAUUGACUCAUCGUCGACUCCUCUAGUCAAUGGGAUUAUAAAUAGUCUCGAAGAGAUUUGUAAGAAAGCUGUAGACCUACAAUUGAGCCUGGACGUUUCACAUCAGGCCGAGCCGGAGGCAUUUUCAUGGUCAGAUGAAAUGGAAAGGAGCUACGUGGAGUCAUGCAAAAAAGAUGAAGAAGAACAACGACAACAAGACGCCAAUGCAGCUAAUGGAGGUUCUGGAGAUUAUACAACCAGUGACUCUCCUGGAUUAGCGAGUCAAAAUUCUGAGGUUAGUGGUAUUUGCCAUUGA